UUCUCGUUCUUUGUCGUCCACCCAAAUUCGUUGUUGGCUUCGCUCACAAUGAGCGUCGCUCCAGGUGCCCCCUUGCCGACUGCCUCGUCGUCGUCGGCGCUGCCUCCAAAAGCCCCCACCCCCACCGAGACCACGACAGCGACUCCUGGGAGAGCAGUGGCAUCGACUAAAAAGCAGGCCACUGGACACAUCCCCCGUCCAAAGAAUGCAUUUAUUCUCUUCCGCAGCGAGUACGCUCGCAAACAGCAGCUUACUUCAGCCACGUCCAACGUGGAGAGGGAGAACCAAAACGACCUCUCUCGCUCUGUUGGCAAGGUGUGGCGGGCGAUGACGGACGCGGAGAGGGCACCAUGGCAUGUUUUGGCUGACGAGGAGAAGAAGAGACACGCGGCCCAAUACCCAGGGUACAAAUACGCCCCUCGACCAAGAAAAUUACCACCAUCGAGCUCAGGUCCCCACACCAUCUUGCAAAAUCCGAUAGCGCGGGCCAUUCCAACAGCCCCUCGGACGGCUGGAGCCGUUUCCUACCAGCAAUUCGCUCCCUCGCAGUCAACAUUCUACUCUGCUAGCCGCCCGCGUGCGACAUCUUCCUCUGCGCAUCAGCCUGUCCGUGUCAAGCCGUACCCACAAUCUCAAGUUCGCUCUUCGCUGGCCCUGGAGGGGCGGAGGAUCGACAUGGAUUACAGUCCUUCACGGUCCAGCGAUGAUGACGAAGACACUGACGAAUUCCUCGAUGACGAUGACCCGCGGCCUACUCUGAGUAAAGCAUGCUGGAAUGUCGAGCCAGAGUCCCACACAUUCGGCUCCAAUCUCACUUCACCCUCAAGCACCAGUCGAAGACAAUUAUCUUCUGAAGGGUCACUCUCCAGCAUAAGCUCGGGCCCCUCACCAUCAUCUGCCUCUUCCUCUCCUUCCCCUCCAACUCCGACUCCGCGAACGCCGCCCGAUCGUGGUCUCCCACUCAGCUAUGACCCUACAGACAAACGCGCAGUGUUCAGUCACAUUAGCGCACGCGAGUCGUCAGAGCGGUCGACUGCAUGA